ACACAAACACAUCCAACGCAUCAUUACCAUGACGGAUAUGGAUGUCGACCAUGCCUCUGCGACCAGCAGCAGUCCAGAAGUAACAGUGGAGGCAGGACAGUCAGAGGGAAGAGACAACAGAGAUGAAUUAGAACAGCUCUUUGAUCUGGAUGACAAGGAUGUGCUCAAGGCAGAGAACCCCUGGCUGUUAAAACCAGCAUCCGUCGAGUUGUUCAGCGCCAAAAAUGCCGGUGUUGAUGAUCUCGCUGGAGACAGCCCUAGGCAGUACAUGCUCUUCUAUCGCCAUUUCUUCCCUGCGAAACCCUACUUCCAAUGGCUCAACUACGACAUCUCCCCUACGCCAUCCAAGUCAUUUAUGAAUCGCGAGUUCUCAUUUUAUCUUACGGACAACACAUUUAUGAGACACCAGUCGUUCAAGAACCUGGAUGAAUUCAAGCAGGAAUUAAUUCGUUUAUGCCCCACGAGGAUCGAUCUGGGUGCCGUAUACAACAUUCGACCCAAGGAUAAGAACAUGGUUAGAGCUGGAGCUCUAGUAGCUGUGUCGAAGGAGAUGGUCUUUGAUAUCGAUAUGACGGAUUACGACGAGAUCAGGACAUGCUGCUCGGGAGGUAAUGUCUGCACAAAGUGCUGGGAGUUCAUGACGGUCGCAUUAAAGAUCAUUGACGCAGCCCUGCGGGAUGAUUUUGGGUUCAAGCACCUGCUAUGGGUUUACUCUGGACGUCGUGGAAUCCAUUGCUGGGUCGGAGACGAAAGGGCACGCAUCAUGACCAAUGAGCAAAGAAAGGCGAUUGUUUCGUACCUGGAAGUCGUCAAGGGAGGUUCACAACAAGGAAAGAAGGUCAAGCUGCCACAUGUUCUCCACCCCUCAUUAAGCCGGUCUUAUGAGAUCAUGCAGGAACAUUUCAGGAGUCUCGCGUUCUCAUCCCAGGAUAUUUUGUCAAAACCAGAGAACUGGGAAAAGGUUCUAGCCAUCAUUCCGGACGAGGCUGUUCAGGCAAAGAUUCGGGCCGAAUGGGAAAAUGCACCUGGUCGCGCAUCAUCCCAAAAGUGGGGCGAUCUCAUUGAUAUCAUUGGAGACGCCAUUGCUAAUUCCCCCAAGAAGAAGCAGUUGCUGGAGAACGUUCCUCGCGAUAUCAUUUUCCAGUACACUUAUCCUCGCUUGGAUGAAAAGGUCUCCACGGAUAUAAAGCAUUUGCUAAAAAGUCCGUUGUGUAUCCAUCCUAAAUCAGGACGCGUCUGUGUGCCGAUUCCAAUUGAGACCUGCGAGGACUUUGAUCCGGCAUCUACACCAACAGUGGUGCAGCUUGUGCGCGAGUUAAACGAGUACGAUGCAAAGCAUCCUGCGACCGAAGAUGGACCCAAACUUCAAGAUUGGCAAAAGACAUCGCUGAAGGAACAUGUGGAAGUAUUUGAGCGCUUCGUGAAGGGCAUCAUGCGAGAUAUCAGGGAUAAAAAGCGAGAUACAACCACCAAAUCGUUAGACUUUUAAAAAUGCACCUUGUUAUCCCUUCGCCCACUUUGGAACGAAGAAUUUUUUAAAAAAAAAACUACAUAAAUGAAAACCAUCAAACUAAUUCUAGCCAUGAACCCCCUCA